CUCCUCCCCCUUCUCCUCUCCGCUCCGCUCCAUCUCUCUCAACCCUCUCUCUCCCUCUCUCUUAUAUUGAAAUUGGCCAGGGUAGAACAUGAUCACAGAACACCGCUUCAGUAUUGCUGCACAUUGUCGGGCAUUUCGCAAAACCCGAUCACUUGAAACAGAAUAAGCAGACAUAAAGGAAAGGACUUCAGAGUCCCACAUUCUAUUUUUAAAGGUGGACCAACACUUUUAGAAAAAAGACCGUCCGAUUGCGCGUGUUGAGCGUUGCAAUCUAGCUAGGUGUUUAAUAUCUACAACAGUCUAACUACAGUAUCAAGUAGCUAUGCAUAUGCACGUUAUAAUGCGCGCGAGCAUUGGAUUAGUAGGUUUCUGUCUGGUCGCCUUUGUCCAACAGCCAGCUCGCGCUUCAGGAAGCAAAUCCACCCAAGAUGUGGACGAGUGUGCAGAGCAAAUUGACAACUGCAGCAUCGAUGCCAUCUGCCAGAAUACACUCAAGUCAUACAAAUGUAUCUGCAAGUCAGGCUACAAGGGGGAUGGCAAGCACUGCGAAGAUUUAGACGAGUGUGCGAGUGAGUACAACGGCGGCUGUGUCCAUGACUGCAUCAACAUCCCGGGGAACUACAGGUGCACAUGCUAUGACGGAUUCCGCCUUGCACACGACGGACACAACUGCCUCGAUGUGGAUGAGUGUUCGGAGGGUAAUGGUGGCUGUCAGCAGAUCUGUGUCAACAUGAUGGGCAGCUACGAGUGCCGCUGCAGAGAAGGAUUCUUCCUGAGCGACAACCAGCACACCUGCAUCCAAAGGCCCAAAGUGCGAUCAGAGGGCACCAAGGAGGGCCCCACCUGCAUGGAUAAGAACCAUGGCUGUGCUCACAUCUGCCGGGAGACACCAAAGGGAGGCAUCGCCUGCGAGUGCAGGCCUGGCUUCCAGCUCACCAGGAACAUGAGGGACUGCAAGUUGACCUGUAACUACGGCAACGGGGGUUGCCAGCACAUCUGUGAGGAGACGGACCACGGCCCCAGAUGUGCGUGUCACAUGAAGUUUGCCCUCCACACUGAUGGAAAGACAUGUGUAGGGGAGAGGAGUGUCCAGAACCAGGCAGCCCCACAGCUGUUCCCCAAUGAGACGUGUGCAGUGAACAACGGUGGCUGUGACAGCACGUGUCAUGACGCGGUGACCGGAGUCCGCUGCAGCUGUCCUGUUGGCUUCACUCUCCAGCCAGACCGCAAGACCUGCAAAGACAUUGACGAGUGCCGCCUGAACAACGGGGGAUGUGACCACGUGUGUCGGAACACAGUGGGCAGCUUCGAGUGCAGCUGCAAGAAGGGCUACAAGCUGCUGACCAAUGAGAGGACUUGCCAAGACAUUGACGAGUGUUCUUUUGACCGGACGUGUGACCAUUCCUGCGUCAACUCCCCCGGCAGCUUCCAGUGCUUCUGUCAUAAAGGCUAUGUUCUCUACGGCCUGGCACAUUGUGGAGAUAUUGAUGAGUGCAGUAUAAACCGCGGUGGCUGUAAAUAUGGCUGUGUAAACACUCAGGGCAGCUACGAGUGUACCUGUCCACCUGGAUACAAGCUUCACUGGAACAAGAAGGACUGCAUUGAGCUGGUGAAAUGUCUGCCUGGCCUAGCUCCCAAGACCACUCUGACCUGCAGUAAAACGGGCAAGAAAGAGAGCUGCUCCCUCACCUGCGCCUCCAAGGCUCACUAUCUGGCAGAAUCUGACAGCAGCUAUACAAUGAGCUGUGGCAUCCCCAUCCUUCGAGGCAAAACCCCAGCCAGACUGAACACAAGCAGCAGUCAGAGCUGCAUAGAGACAGGCGCACCUCCAGUGAAGCAGACUGCCUCUUUCAAGAUCAAAGAUGCCAAGUGCCACCUGCACCCCAAGCUGACAGGCCGGGCCGAGGACAGGGGCCGAGCGCUGGGGCCAGGUGAGGGGCCACAUCCGGCCUACAUGCCAGACCUUGGAGGUGGACAGCCCUGCAAUAACUGCCUGGUGACAUUUGUCAACCUCAAAUGUGACUCCACCAAGAAGUCCAAAGGGCGCCGUGCCCGCAACCCCACCAAUAAGGAAGUGACACGCAUCACCCUUGAGUUGGAGGCGGAAGUCAAGCCAGGGGACACCACAGGGAGCUGUAACCUGAGUUGCCUGCGCCAGCGCAUGGAGAAGCAGGUGAAGACUUAUAUCAAGGCCCUGAAGAAGUCGAUCAACCAGGACCGUUUCCUGAUCCGCGUGGCUGGGCUGGAGUACGAGGUGGCCCAGAAGCUGCCCCAGGUCGCCACAAGCCAUGAGAACUGUGGGCCAGGCCGUGAGAAGGAUAGCGGACACUGUGUCAGAUGUUUGCCGGGAUCAUACUACCACGGGGAACAGGAGCGCUGCGUCCAGUGCCCACCUGGCACCUUCCAGGAGAGGGAGGGGCAGCUGGCCUGUGACCUGUGCCCUGGAAGUGACGGGCAUGGACCUGCCGGGGCACGCAACAUCUCCUCCUGCGCAGGUCAGUGCCCCACUGGGUACUAUUCCAGUGAUGGGUUUAAGCCUUGCCAGCCAUGCCCGUAUGGCUCCUAUCAGCCAGACCUGGGACGGACCCUGUGCUUCCCCUGCGGAGGGGGGCUGAGCACCAAGCGGGAGGGGGCCAGCUCCUUCCAUGACUGUGAGGUUAAAGUUCAGUGCUCCCCUGGCCACUACUACAACACUACUGUGCACCGCUGUAUUCGUUGCCCUCUGGGCAGCUACCAGACAGAGUUCAGACAGAACUACUGCAUCACCUGUCCUGGCAACACCACUACAGACUUUGAUGGGGCCACCAGUGUCUCUCAGUGCAAGAACCGAGAAUGCGGAGGAGAGAUGGGCGAGUUUACAGGUUACAUUGAGUCCCCCAACUACCCCGGGAACUACCCAGCUAACGUGGAAUGCAUCUGGAACAUCAACCCGCCCAGCAAGCGCAAGAUCCUCAUCGUGGUGCCUGAGAUCUUCCUGCCCUCAGAGGACGAGUGUGGAGAUGUACUGGUUAUGAGGAAGAACUGGUCGGCCACGUCCAUCACCACCUAUGAGACAUGUCAGACGUACGAGCGACCCAUCGCCUUCACCGCCCGCUCGCGCAGACUCUGGAUCAACUUCAAGUCCAACGAGGCUAACAGUGCCCGAGGCUUCCAGAUCCCCUAUGUCACCUACGAUGAGGAUUAUGAACAGCUUGUAGAGGACAUUGUCAGGGAUGGAAGACUCUAUGCCUCUGAAAACCAUCAAGAAAUCCUAAAGGAUAAAAAGCUGAUUAAAACUCUCUUCGAUGUGCUGGCCCACCCAAACAACUACUUCAAGUACACCACUCGGGAGUCCAACGAGAUGCUGCCGCGCUCGUUCAUACGCCUCAUAAGCAGCAAAGUCUCCGGCUUCUUGCGUCCAUAUAAGUAGUUGCCACACCAAGCCCGCCCCCUAAAGCACCAGAUCCCGCCCCCUCUUACAGGCCAAACACAGAACUCUCACAGGACUUUAAACAAGUUGACCAAAAUAACUAUUUUUUUCUUCUAUUUUUUCAUACUGUAGAGGCUUUGACGACACACUUCACUAUGCAGUCCCACAUGUUGAUCUUCUUCAUCUGUUUGGUUUUAAGCCAUUUCAUUUCCUCCAAAACCAUGCAGUCCAUGAAGUCAACCAACUUGAGUCAAAGUACAGUACAGACUUUCUCAUCUCUUCUUUCUGAAUAUUUAUCACCACUACAAUAUGUUGGUGUCUUAGUUUUUUUGCUGUUUCUAUUAGCAUAUAUGACCUUGUAUGUCAUUUUCACAGCAAUCCCCAAUGCGAAGGAUGUGUGCGUAUUUCAGAUGACGCAUGUUAAGUCUGUGUCGACAAAAUGGACAACGAUAGUGGCAUUUAUGUCAGACAAGAAGAAGGAUGUUACAAGGGUAAUAAGUUUGUCACGUGUUUAGAGUUGGAACGGAGUUAUCGUAAAUGUGCUUUAAUAAAUAGUCUUUCACUUGAGUUCCAGCUUCAGCUCAAUCCAUUCCAGGACGAGUCUGUUUCGAUAAAUGUAUAACCGUUUGUAGAUCUAUAUCCUCCAUGAACAAUCCUCAAGGAGAAGGACCUGUCAGUUUCAUGUCAUAGUUACAUUCCACAACAUUCAAAGCCUUACUAUAUCUGAGCUCUUAGAGCAACUUCUUGUUAAGGUAUUACUGUUAAAACAGUUAUUCUAUGUUUUUUUCUUCUGUCCAGAUUGUAUAACUGUCUGUUACCUAUGUUCAGACAUUUUCUGUUAUUCUAUAUCCAAGUUAACUUAACAAAGCGUAUACAAUGUAGUUUAUCAUUUUUUCCAGACCGUGAUGGACAUUUUGGAAAAUAAAUAGAAAAGUAGAUUUGCGAAAGCCACAGGAGAGAGACAGAAAUGUCUCUAUGUCUCUGUGGACCAUGACUGGUGAGGGAGAGACAGAGAGACAUCUUAAUUAAGGGACACGCCUCUGUUGAUACAGACAAUGUCUUUGUUGGACACGACUCUGUGAGAGAGAGACAGAGAAAUGUCUUUGAGGGACACGACUCUGUGAGAGAGAGACAGAGAAAUGUCUUUGAGGGACACGACUCUGUGAGAGAGAGAGACAGAGAAAUGUCUUUGAGGGACACGACUCUGUGAGAGAGACACAGAGAAAUGUCUUUGAGGGACACGACUCUGUGAGAGAGACACAGAGAAAUGUCUUUGAGGGACACGACUCUGUGAGAGAGACACAGAGAAAUGUCUUUGAGGGACACGACUCUGUGAGAGAGAGACAGAGAAAUGUCUUUGAGGGACACGACUCUGUGAGAGAGAGACAGAGAAAUGUCUUUGAGGGACAUACAUUUGCUGCUUCUUUUAAAAAGGUCACUUUAAUUCUUCAAUCUCAAGUCCUUUUUCUGGUGUUUUCAGACCUCGCAUCACACUAAUAGUCCAUUGCUUUAAUACAGGGGUGUCAAACUCAUUUUGCUCCGGGGGCCGCAUUCAGUCUUCAACAAGGUCCGGAGGGCCGCAUUCAGUCUUCAACAAGGUCCGGAGGGCCGCAUUGAAUUAAAAAAAAUAUUUCCUUACUGCCAAUCGGUUUAGGAAUUUUGAUAUUGUUUUAACUUUCAAGUUUUUAUUGUUUUACUCACACCAUCCGCGGGCUUCAUUGGACCUAUGUUUGACACCCCUGCUUUAAUAUAAAAUAAAGUUGAGAGAUGCAUCAGAAGUAUAAAUAUAAUUCUACCACCUGUCCUCAUGUAAAUGAUAGUCACAUCACAUUUGUCUCUUCAUCCAUGGCCUACCAACCCAUUUUAUUGAAUUUUUCUUUCAAUCUUGUAAAUAAUGAAAAUAAAUUAGACAGGGAUUGAAUCCUUUUAAUCCUAAUUAUCUUGAGCAGGACCCCAAACUAUUUCCCACCCAUGUCGUCUUCACCCUCUCCCUAAUCCAAGUACCCCAUCCCAGCCCCCUUCCUUCCCAAACGCCCAUGUCAGAUUCUGUCCCAAUAAGACCAGCUCUUCCAAAGACUGUCCGCACGGCAGGCCAAGUUAUUAUCUUGUGUACUAGAUCUAGAGCCUGUCAUCCUACCUUUGUUGAAUAAGUGCAAUGAAUUAUGUCUCCAUUGUGUUACUCCUUUGUGUCCAGAGAAAUAUUAAAAAACAAUGUUUUAAUCUGCCAACACAUAUUGAGAACAUAUUCUUGGAUUUCUUAAAACAAAAUUGUGACUGACAUUAGGGUUGUGAAUAAAGUUCAGCAUCCCACUACAAUAAUGUUGAAAUACCAAUAUAGUUGAUCAAUACAAUAAUAUUGCAUUAUUGAAUUAUUGCUAACAAUUGCAUUGUCAAUGUAAAAGCUAAUGACAAUGAUAACAAGUAAUCCCCUCAACACUCUCAAACCCUCAUUGAAGACAAAUAAAUAUAUGACUGCUCAUAAACAUCAUAUGGAUUUCCCUUGCGAAACUCUGAUGGUUUGUUGUUUUCCAGUUUUUGUUGUAUAUAAAAGAGAAAAUAAACAGUGGAAACAGUACAAGCUACUGUACACAACCUUUAGAUAGUGUACAUGUGCUUCUGGAUAAGGGAAAGGGAUUUUGACCACAUUGCUAAAUUGUAAGACAAGAGUGGUCGAGCCUUGCAGACCAUAGGUACUGCUUAAUACAAGGCACACAUAAUGCCAUAUCUGUAUCCCGUUGAAUGUUUCCAAAAAAAAGCCUAGUUACAUUUAUGGUUGUCUUAAGUUGCCAUUACUAUUUAUAUCAUCCAGUUUUUUUUCUUCUCUAAAGCAUUUCGAUGUCAAUAGCGCUCACUGCUCCCACCUACCCCAACUCACCAUUCCCUCCCUCUUUCAUCUUCCUCCCUCUGUUCCUACAACCUGAACACGUCAGAUGUUUCUGUUUUGUAGCAUUUUUUUUAAAACAUGCGUUUGCUAUGAUGUAUCAUAGAGUUGAUAAUGGUAUUUGCACUUGAAAAUUGUUAUUUCUCAUGUAAAAAUGUCUGGAUUUUGUAUUGUCUUUUUAAAUGAAUGGAAUUGGUGUUCUUACAUUUCUUGUAGCUCUCGUUUGUUCUUUAAAAUGCUCAUUCACUGUGUUCAACCCAUAAAGAUGAAGAUGCACAGGUACAUGUAACUUUAUCAACUGUCAAAAAAAAUUAAAAAAUAAGUUAAAAAAAUCAAGAGUAUGUACAGAGGUGAAAUGAAAACACUUAUCAAAAUAAACAUACUGUAAUUGAGUUUAA